AUGAACUUGGUCCAUAGCAACAAAUACUUCCAUAUCCUCUCUAGUGGCACCGAACGUGAUGGUUGGAGAUUCGUCAUUCUUGCACGUUUCUCUCCCAUCCCUUCCUAUGUCAUCAAUUAUGCUCUGGCUGCCACAAAUGUUAGAUUCAUAGUGGAUUUUCUGCUUCCUACUGUUGUUGGCAGUGUCCCGAUGAUCUUGCAGAACACCUCCAUCGGUAGCCUUGCUGGUGCAGCGGUUGCUUCGGCAUCUGGGUCUCAGAAAUCAAAGGUUUGGUCAUAUAUUUUACCUUCACUCGGGAUUAUGUCAAGCAUUGUUAUUUCGUUGAGGAUCAAGAAGUAUUCUAGGGAUAUUAACAUGGUCGAAUCUUCUUCUACUGAUCACUCAAAAAGUGAAUAA